UGCAGUGGCUCAUUCUCUCCAGGACUGGCUACAGACAUCCCCCCCACAACCCCUCCUCUGGCCAUUCAUCCCAGCAUGCGGCACCUAUUCAGGGGUAAGACCAACAGUCUCUUCCCCAGACUGAAAGUUGAGCGCUGCAGCUGCUGCUGAAUGCUGUUUCCUGCGUCUACAACCACGGUGAGUGAAAAAGAGUAACAGCUUGACACUGCCGGAAGCUGAGAACCACUGAUCUGAAGAUCAAGCAACGAAUCAAGUGCUGCCUCCGUAUUUCUUGCUCUCUAGUUCCCUCUUCCUCCCUUACCGGGAAACACUGCAAAGGGGGAUCAAGGACAGGGAGAUACUCCGUAAGACUUCCCCAGCUGAAAGUCUUGUCUUUCUGUUUUGAUUUCGUGCCGUGUCCCGUGUGGCCCCUCCCACCCAAAACGUACUGUAGAGGACUCAAGCAGGGACAGACAGGCACAAGUGGGCAGACGGGCUGACAUGGAGUUGCAAGCUAAACGAUCAUUCUUGCACAGGUGUGUGUGGUCUGGCGAUGUAGUCCACGCUGGUCUGGUCAUCACACUUCUGAUUGGAGUGUGGUACGCUCAGGCAUUGGAGGUGAAUACAGGGAAGGUCCAUUCCAUAGAAGUGAUGAAUGGAAGUUCAGUACUCUUACCCUGCACUUAUGCCAGCUGCAUUGGCAUUCAAAACCUUUACUUCAACUGGCAGUUCAAGGACAAUGGGACAUUGGUUAAGCUCUGUGAGGCCAUCAUCCCAGCAGAAGGAAUAGAACCUAACGUCGUGAAAAUCUAUCAUGAGCGGGUGGAUUAUGUUGGCUCUAGCAAAAAGAAUAACAUCUCCAUCUUACUGCAUAACGUCACCUUUGAGGACCAGGGAGAUUACAUCUGCUUCGCACGUAACCCCAAAGAGAAGGAACGCAAUCAUAGUGCAGUUUUCACUCUUUUUGUGGUGGACGAAUUGAAAGAGGUGGACAACACAUUGACCAUCAUCAUUGUGUCCGUGCUUGGCGGGGUCAUAGGUCUGAUCAUUCUCAUCAUGGUGGUGAAAGCUGUAGUCCUCGCUGUUCUAAACAAGGUCCAGGAGAAGAAUAAAGACUGCCUUGUGACCUCUUCAAGGAAUGACAAUACAGAAAAUGGUCUCCAGGGAUCCAAAGCAGACAGCAAACCGAAACCAAAAGCGUGAAAAGAUCAUGUGUGUCAUAACAAUGGACAGUUUUAUUAUCUUUAUGAGAAAAAAAAAAUACUGCUAUGUGGAAAUAUAUAUUUUAGAUCCUAAAAUCACACACACCCUUUGCUAGAUUGAAACGGCAUAAAAAUAUUCAAAUAGCAGAUGAUAGCAGAUUCUUUGGUGUGCUUGGAUUCUGUUCUUGUCUGUGAGACACAGCACACACACACACACACACUGCCUUCUUCACAAACUGCCAUAUCCUUUAAAUUGCUCAACGGCACAAGACCCACAUAAGAAAAUGUUUGCGAUAAACCUCCAGUGCAACUUUACACAUCUUCACACUGCAUU